GGAGGAGUGCUCCAUGACAAGAACACUAUGGCGGUGUACACAUUUGUUUUCCUAGUAACAUGCUUCCUCUUCGUACAUGGAAGAUCAUCUGACGUCACAGACCACGUGACUCCAGACAUCACGACCGUUCUUCUGCUUGUUUCCGAUCUUAAACAGCAGAUCGAGGAAUUGAAGACACAACGAUUAAACGAUCGUCACAUUAUUUCUUCAUUGGAAUUGAAAGUUAACUCAAUUCAAGUUAAUUAUGAGAAUAUUUCAGGUGAAAACAACAAAUUAAGGGACAGGAUUAAAACCCUAGAGAGUAUCCAUCGAGAUGAUUACCAUCAAGACACUAGCAGUCUAGAAGUAGUACCUCUGGAAGAUGGCGCUUCACAAUACCGAAGGAAAUUAGAAAUGGAUGACGCAGACGACCAUUUCAAUCAAACAUUUACACCAUCAGAUCUACUGGUGGCAUUCUCUGCGUAUCUAUCACACACCAUUAAUGAAUUGGUAGCGGACUAUUCAAUCAAAUUCGACCACGUCAUCACAAAUGUCGGAAAUGGCUACAACCCAACGACUGGUGUGUUCACGUGCCCGAAGUCUGGUACCUAUGUGUUAACGUGGAGUAUAGGGAUGCUGCACCCUGGCUACAUCUACACAUACCUUACCAGAAAUGGAGGCAGUAUUUCGUUCGCAAACACAGCAGACGAUACUUACUCAUCAAUGGCGUCACAAACGGUAGUCUAUGUCCUGAAUCAAGGUGACGUCAUAACGGUCAAGGUGGUCAGUCAUACAGCGUCUCCGGGGUUAUGGUAUGGCCGUACAUCGUUUAGCGGGUUUAUCUUACAUUAACUCAUUCACCCCUAAAGACACAUUUGAACUCUUCCAAUUCAAACAUUGGAAUAGUUCAUUAUGACACCUCAGGGGUGAAUGAGUUAAAGGACUGGACCAGUAAAAUUAAAUAACCUCGGCAAAGGCACUUCACAAGAAAUUUCUACCCACUAUGUAUAUCAAUAUCUAUCAAGGAUAGAAAUUCCCACUAGUGUUCGCAUGAAGAAAUCUGUCAAGUAUUGAGCAUGUUAUGACGCAAGCAUUCGAAACAUGGGUAGAUAUGCCACGUAGACAUUUGCAUGCCCAUCUGAAUGGUAGUGAAGAUGAGUCGUGAAUUAACAUCGGCAAAUAGCCGGAUUUAACUCUAGUUUUGCAAUUAAAACUGAGACAUAGUCGGGAAAUCGCGUUAAAAUUUACAAACAAAAUGUCCUUAUUCGUUGCCUUUUAAAAUGUUUCAGGCAGGUCAUUUCGUUAAAUUUGAAUUAAAGAUUUCCUCUUUGCGCUGAACAAAACAUGACGGGAUUAACGACUUAUUUCAUUUAAAAAAGACAUAUUUUCAUAACAAUUGUUUUCACUUCCGAGGAGAUAUACUAUCCUUCAUACAUUAAAUAUACACAGAGACUCAACAUCCAUGUAUGUAUCACGGUACAGAUUAGAGGCUGACCGUAACAUCAUAUCACGUGUCACUAGUGACUGGAUAUGGAAACCCUGGACGGAAGCCGACAUUUGUAUAUCCACGCCUUUUUGUUCAAACCAGAACUUUCUGUUCAUAAUCAGAAAUACCUGGUCAUUAAAACAACAUGCUGUUCAAUAAAAGAAAUAUCUGUUCAAUAUCAUAACUCUCAUUUUAAUAUAAGAAAAGUAUGCUCAACAGUGCUGUUAACGGAAGACAGAUAAAUGUGACACGAUCCAUUACAGAUUUCUAGAUUAAAACAAUAUGCACGCAUGUAGUUAUUAAUGUGCUAGUUUUAGUAAUCACCAAUAUAACUGAUCAAGGUUCUUAAUCAAUUAUAAUACUUUCAGUUGCACAGUUUUAUGCCGAAUGCUUUACACGAGAACUUAGAUCCAGAAUUGUUGUUUGAUUGUUAUCGUAUUGUUAUGAUUUUAUUGAAAAAAAUUUGGAGAAAUAAAAACUAUU